AUGACGGCCUUGAUGGACACCGACCGAUCGCGGUCCAGGCGCGAGAGGACGUUUGUAGGUGGAGAAUGCGCCGCCUGCGAAGAGCCGCUCGAACAUACCCUCCGAGGAGAGAGGGUGCUGCAGUUCUCGUGCGGCCAUGUUGCCCACGAAGCAUGCUUCUACGAGUAUAUCAAGGAGACUGAUGCUCAAUCCCAAUAUUGCCCAACAUGCGACGCCCCCCUUGGACUCGACACGUUCCGAGGCGGGAGCAUCCUUGACUUGAGCAAGCUGAGUAACAUUGUAAGGUCAGUCGCACAAAAGGAAAUGAGAGAUGAUCGAUCCUCGAGUCAUACACCGAUGCCAUGGGAACGUCAGGCGCCCCCUCCGCAGCCAGAAGACCAGAACAGUGUUCACACAUAUAGCCGAGACAUGUACAGCCGCAAUAGCAGGGAGAACCCGAAUCGAGACAGCCGAGACAGCCAGCGCAUGCGCAUCGAGCGGUUAGGUAUUGGCAACCAGCCCACCAUUCAUUCUAGAACCAACAGCGGUCAAGCCUCCUCGGACCUGGGCCACGAGUCGAAUGGCCACUCUCGCAAGCACGACUACGAUCUACACGCUAUGGAGACAAGUGUACCUGGAGCCUUGUCCAAGGACACCAAGGGCAGCAUCCCCUAUCCCAGCGUAACGGUACGCAGCGAGUUCCCGACCAUGAAUCGAUCGCGUCAGCAGCAAAGCCUUGCGUGUUUAGUCACAAUUGAGGUCCCGGAAAGCAGAUGGCAGUACGAUGAUAUGCAAAACGCGCCCCCUGUGCCCCCUCUUCCGUCCGAUCCCGGUGCCGGGCGUGGAUAUUCCCAUCCCGCGCCGCCACCAUCAGAAGUCCACAAACACUUCGAGCCGUACGAGUCACCGGAGGAACUGGAUGACAUUACCGAGGAGCUGCGCAUGCGGGUCGAUAACUGGCACGGACUCGAAUUUCAACGCUUCGGCAGCCUCCGACUUCACGGUGUCAUACGCGUAGGCAAGGACCGACAGUCAUGGCAGGAGCUGGAGUGCUAUCUCUUCGGCGAGAUGCUUAUCUGUGUCAAGGAAAAGAAAACAAAUCAAGCUCCGAUCAUCACCGAUUCAGGCCGAAAGGUGACACGAUGCACCCUGAAGGGAUCCAUCCUGAUCAGGAAACAUCUCAAGCAGGUUCAGCCAGCUCCGCACGAGCAGAUCUUGACGCUGAAUCUGUCGGUCAAUGAGUUGCCGACGUUCCACCUAGCUUUCCAGAAUAUGGACCAAUACGACAUGUGGCAUCGGGCCCUGCUUGGCUUACAUGCACCACCACCAUCGCUUCGUACUAACGAUUACGAGCCCGAUACCUCUGGCACGGACGACGAUGAGUAUUCUCGACACACCAAGGGUGCGCGACGAGCUGCUUCUAUCGCAUCCUCCUAUGGCGGUCCUAAGUCCGCCACCACCGCUCCGACAGAGUAUUCUUCCAACAGACCUUCGACAGACCGCCGAGCGCUGGGUAUGCCAUACUCGCCUCAUGUCCCGGUUGAUAUUGUAGUGGUCAUUCCCGUCUCAUCGUCUAUGCAAGGCUUGAAGAUCCAGCUGUUGAAAGAUACACUGUCAUUUCUCGUCGCAAACCUCGGCGAGAGAGAUCGUAUGGGCCUAGUCACGUUCGGUUCCAGUGGGGGCGGCGUGCCUCUCGUAGGCAUGACCACUAAAACCUGGCCUGGAUGGAACAAGGUGCUCAACUCAAUCAAGCCCGUCGGCCAAAAGAGCCUCAGGGCCGAUGUGGUCGAGGGCGCCAACGUGGCAAUGGAUUUGCUCAUGCAACGGCGAGCGGCGAAUCCAAUCUCGUCGAUCAUGCUCAUCAGUGACUCUUCGACCUCAGACGUGGACAGCGUUGACUUUGUGGUCCAAAGGGCCGAAGCUGCCAAGGUGGGGAUCUACUCCUUCGGACUGGGUCUGACACACCGACCGGAUAGCAUGCUUGAGUUGUCAUCCCGCACAAAAGGCGCCUACGUCUACGUCAAGGAUUGGAUGAUGCUCCGCGAAUGCGCUGCCGGCGUGCUUGGUGCUGUGCAAUCGACAUCGCAUCAGAACGUGAAGCUCAGGUUGAAGCUGCCAGAGGGAUCGCCAGCCAAGUUCGUCAAGAUCAACGGUGCACUGCAAACCACGAGGCGUGCUGCGGGUCGCGAUGCUGAAGCUUCGUUGGGCGACCUGCACUUUGGCGACAAGCGUGACAUCCUGGUGCAACUUGCGAUUGAGGCCGACAAUACCACUCAGGAGCAGGCCCCACAAGAUGCCUGGGAAUCUAUCGUGUCUGGACUAGAAGCCCUGGGUGGAUCGCUGGAAAACGACGACUCCCGUAUUCAGAGUGUGGAGGAAGUGCCCAUUCUGCAGGCAGAUCUUUCAUUUGGUGAUGUACUUCGGGAUGGCACCCUGGUACAGCUCUCUCGACCAUCGUUGCUUGCCAUCACCAUGCUACCGCCUUCGACCAAACAGAGACCCAAUAGCCGACCAGCCACGCCACCGAUUCCACCUCACCCACAUAUUGUGCAGAGGCGAAUGGAGCUCCUCACUUCAGACAUGCUCACCCGCGCUCUGACACUUGUCUCACGAGGGCAGCAUGACCGUGCCCACCACUUACUGAACGAGACUCGCACCAUCCUGAAGGGGUUGGGCAAAGGCAGUUUGCCACCACUCCCACCAGCUGCGGUGCAAAAUGGAAGCAAACGACACAGCCCGAGCGACUUGAAGCAACCAAUGAUGGAUGGGACGCCAGAUCGACACCAUAGAGACCACAGCCCGCACUCGGAGUCAAGUACCCCCAUCGCUCGGCCGUCCGGCAUUGACUCGUUAACCAUCAAUGCGCUGGACGCCGAAAUCGAGUCCAGCCUAGAGUGGAUUAAUCAUCCGGCCGUGUUCUCGCGAGAUUCACGCAAAGCAGUCCUUCAAGCCAUCGGCGUCAUUUCGUCACAGCGGGCCUACACUUUCCGGUCUGCAGCCGAGUCUCUCUGGGCAGACCGCGUCGCUGGCAUCAAACGAUUGACCGAGCAAUCUCGCGAAUGGCGAGAGCCGGAAGACGAUGCGUUGACUGAGGAGUAA